CCGGGUGCGUCUCGGAAUCAGAUCGGUGGGCUCUUUCGAGGCCAUCUCUGUUGCUGCUGCUGACGCUCUCUCUUUGCUGCUGCGGCGUCAAAUCGUUUCAAACGAAACUCGUCUGCUGCCCGACACUGCCAAGAGUAAGGCCCAGUUCGAGGCCGAACUCCAUGCGCAACGCUCUUUUGUGUAUGGCUGCAGUGGUCUGGGCGCCCAUCACCGACCUGCGGCCGGGCCGGAGGGUGGGGAGAAGGGCCAUGAAGGGGAUCGUCACCCGUGUGUAAGCGACAAGCUCAUCUGUGCCCAAUCUGUGCAGAUCGCCGACCUCUCGAUGCACUGAUGCAUGAGAUGCUUUGGUGCAUGCAUGCAUGCGCAGGAGCCCCGUCAAGGCCUACAGGAAGGGGGACGGCACACAGGGCCGUAUGUUUAGUCUACUCAUGACGGACGAAAGCGUAAGCAAACGAAUACGCACACAUGAUGAGGGCUCCACGUGCAUUAUCAUGUGCAUGCAGGGCAGCGUCAAGGUCUGUGUGUUCGGCAAUGGGGUGCUCAAGUUCAGCCACCAUCCGCUGCCGGGCGAGGUGAGCCGAAGGGAACGGGCACCAUGAGUGAUUCCGAGACGUGUACUUGUGUGUAUGUCGUUGAUGUGUGUGUGCCCUGCGUGUGCAGGAAUUCAUCCUGACCAACUUCAAAGUGCUCCCCGCAAAGCAGUGAGCAAUUGGAUGUCAACCACAGAGACAUACACACACACUCGUACACGGCCGGAGCAGGGCUGUUAUGUAUGUGUGUGAUAUGUGUGUGAUAUGUGUGUGUGUGACCAUGCAGAGAAUUCAACUGGGCAGAGAACGCUUUCGAGGUGCACCUCGAUGGCGCGCCGCGCCACAUAAGUGUCCGAGUGUGCGUGUGACUGUGGUGUGCGUGGGUGCACUGCUGGCUCAUUGGUGUUGGUGCGUGUGCAAGUGCCAAUUUCAAGCGGGGGUAAUUUGCUCGAUGUGACGACUGACAGUGGG